GAAGAGCUUCGCAUACCGGCGUUGGGAUUGGCUUCCUCUUGGCGAUGACCAUCAACGUGAAUGCGUCCCAUAACGCGUAAAGUUCGUACAGUCUACAUGUGUGGGAAGAUAGCCUGAGGCUACUCCGCGAAGGUUACCUUGCCAGCGCGAGUUCACCAGAACUCCAUGAGCGCGUUGCAGAGCGGAUGUACAACCUCCUCAGGAGGAACAGUGGAUCAUACAUACAGAUCGGUCAGGCCAUCGGCGCAAACACGUUUCUGCUCCCCGAACUCGUUCAGGUCAAAUCCAAGUCCUUGUGGGACGGCGCACCUCAGGUCCUCUACUGCAUCGUCGAAGCCGUCUUCUGCUCCAAGUUCUGGCGCCCGCCAAGCUGCCCGAAUGGCGUAUUCGGGAUCUUCGAGGAGCAGGCGGUAGCGAGUGCGCCGAACAGCUCGAUCAUGGUCUGCAUGACAGCGCGCCCCCCUCCCUGUAGCGGUCUGACCGUGUCCGCGCUCGGCAACGACGGCUUUCCGCCCACAAGUCGUAGAACGGAAUCGUGAUUGCUCAAUGGUACGUUGUCGAUCCAUUCCGCCGUCAUGACCCCCUUCGUAGAGUAUUCGUACACUUCGGAUCCAUGCAUGCGGUGCGCAAAGUCCGGGUACGCGCGCACGGACGCGGUUGUCCGCCGUGCGUUGUCCGCCCCCCGGAUGCAGUCGAGCUCCUUGCGGAGGUGGUCCGAGAUAUGAUCGACGAGGAAGUUGACGAGCAGCUCGACCUGGAGCCACUGCGCUCCCUUGUAGGUCGCGAGGUCCCACUAAGUCUGGCGCGCAACGCCCGGCUUAUAGAUCUUCACGGCGACCUGCUGGUCGAAGCCGCGCAGCUUCGCUUCGUGAACCUGCGCGAUGCUGGCGCAGAUGUUCAGCUCGGACUGGGUGCA